UGCUUUGCAUUGCUCUCCCUUCUAAAAAACAAUCAGAAGUCGCAGACAAGAAAGAGACGAAAAUGUCUAACACCUACGUGUCCCAUGUCGCUGUCGUUGUAAUCCUGGCAAUGGCUUCCCAGUGCUUCGCUGCCACCACCGGCGCCGGCAAUGGCGUCUCGGGCGCGGACGCCGGACGCCGCGCGCGUGCCGCGCAGACGGUGGCGGGGAUCCUGGCGGUGCACAACGAGGCGCGGCGCGCGGUGGGCGUGGCGCCACUGGCGUGGAGCGCGGGCAUCGCCCGGUACGCGAAGGGGUACGCAGCGUCGCGGCGCGGCGACUGCGCGCCGCGGCGCUCGCCGCUGUUCAACUUCGGCGAGAACGCGUUCGUCGGGAAGGGGCGGCGGUGGAACGCGCCGGCGCUGGCGGCGGCGUGGGUGGACGAGGGCCGGCGGCGGUACGACUACGGCAGCAACACGUGCGCCGGCGCGGCGGCGGCCGCGUCGUCCGGGUCGUCGUCGCCGUGCACGCGGUACACGCAGGUGGUGUGGCGGAACACGACGCAGGUCGGGUGCGGCCGCAUCGUGUGCGACUCCGGCGACUCGCUGCUCGUCUGCGACUACUUCCCGCCGGGGAACUACGGCACCGGCCGACCAUACUGAUCGUGUUAUACAUAUAGUGCCGUGCCCCGGAGAAUAAUCACAUACUCACUCCGUCCUAAAAAAAAUCAAUUUAUACGGACAAAUUUGAACCAAUAUAUGUAUGUGUUCAUCUUUACAAGUUAUUUUUUUUAUGGGACAGAGAGUGUAGGUCGUUGUGCAUGCGAGUGAAUUACUAUUCUGCCCAA